AUCCUUGUCUCACCUGUGCAGAAAAGAGACAAGGACAUUUCUACACCUGUCCUUCUCUGGAGUUUCUCAGUUCUGCCGCAUGAGGCCUCCAAAAUCAAUUCAGCUUGGUUCACCACUCCAAUACUUGACAGUAUGAAUCAGAGAAAUGUUUUUUAAAGUAAGUUGAUAAUAAUGAAUAUAAAGUGACAAUAUUUCGUUUUGAAAAAUCAACCUGUAUACUGUGUUACAACAAGAGCAAGAAUAUUGCUUACUAAAACAAUACUGUUCAUUCUAUAAGUAUGACAAAUGUAUGGAAUAAGAACCUUUACCGUCAACAGCAAGAAGCAUUUGUUUCUGGCCAUGGUGGGACAACAUCCAGAGAAGUCGUAUAUGCAAUCAUGCCAAAUAUAUGCAGCAUUCUCUUAACUACUACUACACUAGGCCUUCUAAGAAAAUUUAUUCAUAAAGAUAUUAGAGUUAUAUUAGAAUUUGUAUUAAUUGUAGUACCAUCUAUUUUAUGUUGUACAAUAUUAUCAGAGUAUAUUGCUACUGUAUGUUGUGCUAUGAUGUUGAUAUCUGUUAUCAACAUAUUACUACUAGGAAUUAAUUCAAACACUUUGUCUAAUUAUAAUGCAAAGCUUGCUUAUGGCAAAAGGCCUUUUAUUACAUACUUUCGUGCACUGACUAACAUCAUAACAGCAAUAUGUAUAUUAGCCAUAGACUUUCAAAUCUUCCCUCGCAAAUUUGCCAAGACUGAGGUAUUUGGAUAUAGUUUAAUGGACACUGGUGUUGGAUUAUUUGUACUAGCUAAUGCAUUAGUAGCUCCAGAGGCCAAAGACUUUACCCCAAGACCCAGAAUAGGUUUCUUUCACACUAUAUCAAGAAAUAUCAAACAGUCAGCAAGGAGUUGCAUUCCAUUACUAAUAUUAGGUUUUGGUCGUUCUGUAGCCAUUGAAGUACUAGGGUACCAAAAGCAUGUAACGGAAUAUGGAAUUCAUUGGAACUUUUUCAUAACUCUUGCUUUUGUCAAACUGUUUACCAGUUCCAUUACAAGCACUAUCAACUCUAGAUAUUCACUGUUAUCAGGCAUUUGGAUUUUGGGGAUGCAUGAAUACAUUUUAAGUACCAAAGGACUGAAGCAGUGGGUCUUGAGCAAUAGACCAAGAAACGAUUUUGUAUCUGCCAACAGAGAGGGUGUGGUAUCAGUGCCUGGAUAUGUUGGCCUUUACUUAAUAGGUGUAGCAAUUGGUAGAUUAAUACAUUCCACUUAUCAGAAUACGCGGACGCAAAAUUCGGUGCAAUACAAGCACAAAACUUUUCAUAUCAAAUUGUUUGGCUACGAAUUCGAUGCGAGUUACAAUGAAUCUAUGAUACUGUGCAUUAAAUUAUCUCUUAUAUGCGCACAAACCUGUGCAGCUACCUUGCUUUGUGAUUCAUUUUUCAGGGUUUCAAGGCGGCUAGCAAAUGCAGGGUACUGCAUGUGGAUACUAACAUUAGGCAGUAUGUUACUAACCCUAUUAUUGCUAGUAGAAAUAGUUACAGAUAUAUUAAGCCAUGCAACAGAUUCAGAAUGCAUGGAAAAGAAAUGCAGACCGCAAAAGGCGAAUAUUAAAAGCAAACGAGAACACAUUCCAAAUGAAUUAGAGAAGAAUCCUAUCGUUAGCAGUAUCGAAAUACUCGACGCUGUGAAUUACAACGGUCUGCUUUUCUUUUUGUUAUCAAACUUAAUGACCGGUGGUAUUAAUAUGUUAAUACCAACAUUAUACGUAAAUCAAUUAAAAGCUGUGCAAAUAUUGAUCGCAUACAUGGCUGUAAACAUAACAUCAGUUUUAUUGUUGUAUAGGAAACAGGUACAAAUUAAGUUAUAAAAAUGUAUGAUUCGUUGUACUAGUCACACAUCAGGGUAUACGAUUUUAUAAUGUAAUGCAUAUGUAUAUACAAGUAACAUUAAAUCA